AACUUUUCUCGACAUAAAACUAUGAAUUCCUUCACCGUUAAUACUGAAACAAAAACUGUUCAAUACUUCCCUAACUUGGGUGAACCUCUCAUUAACGGAAGGUUUCCACAACAGUCUUUAGAUGAACAACCCAGUCAGGCUAUUGAAAAAACUCAAAGCCUAGCGGUAAAGGAAGAAGAAAGUGCUCAAAGCAUCUCUUCCGACGACCAAAAAGAGCACAGUCCUACUCCUUCGGCUUCUAAAACAACCUACACUUGCCACGUUUGUACACUUGUGGGAACACCACGAAAGCUGGGAACUGUGUCUCAAAUUCAACUUAACUAA